CCGCAACACGUGGCCUGUGUCAUUAUUCAUCUCUCUCUCUCUUCAUCUCCUCCAUAUAAAGAAGAGAGCAGAUGCAGAUUAAAAGAAAAUAGCAAAUCGUUCAAUAUCGAAUUCUUCAGCAACAGCAGCAAACACACCUCUCGAGAAGAAGAAGAUGGGGUUACAAGGUCAACUCUCUGACGUUUCAUCAGAUUCAAUCCCUCUCAUGCUCGUCGCACUCCUCGCUACUUUGUUCAAACACGUCCGCUCUUUCUUCCUCCGCUUCUCCUCCUCUUCCUCCGCCGUCGAAGAAGUAGCUUCUCCCUCCGCUUCCUCAGGACUCGCGAACCUCGCCGUACUCGCCGACCAGCUCAAACUCAAUCGUCUCUUCUCAUACCGAUACGCCGACACCGCCGCCAACGCCACCGAUUGCAUCGUGUGUUUGUCUACACUCAAGACCGGAGAAGAAGUGAGGAAGCUGGGAUGCAGGCACGUGUUUCACAAACAGUGUUUGGAAGGUUGGCUCCAACAUCUCAAUUUCAAUUGUCCGCUUUGUAGAUCUCCGUUGCUUGGUCGUGGAGGAGGAUGUGAAUCGGUCUCUCUUCUCUCAGAAGCAGCCACUGCAUCUCAGUGAGUUCUUCAUUGUCUGAUGAACAAAGGGAAAGAGAGAAGAAGAGUUUGGGCGUUUAUUUUAAUCUCGCGGCUUUCUCCUCUUUCUUUGUUUUAGGGAUUUGGGUGGUGCUUAUUAUUAUUUAUUCAAAAGGGGAUUCUUCGAAUUUCUCAUAUAUAUAUAUUUUUUGAGGAGUCUCUCAGAUCAGAUCGGAGAGGUUCUUCUUUUGUUAUUCAAAUUUUCGCACAUGUACAUUUUUUAGUAUGAAGUGUUUGUGUUGUUCAGAGAAUUAACAAAAACGAAAGCUUGCUAUACGCAUGGAUUUAUAAUUGUUCCUGCGUAGAUAAAGAACUAGUAAUAUUUGCAUUUUACUCUC